UGCCAAGUAGACCGACAUUUCCUAGUACAAAAAGUGUCCCAACAGGUAGGAGUAGCACAGGUUCAAGUUCUUCAAAAAGUAAACAAGGUAGACCACAAGGUGCUGUAGGGGGUCUUGGUAUUUCCUAUUCCACCACGAGCAAAAGAAAAGCCCACUCAGUCCAUAACUAUAAAGGAGUAAGAGUCAGUGUAGUGUACGGAGAUCUAACUGAAGAACGAGUUGAUGUAAUUGUAAGUUCAGUCAAUGGAGACUUGAAAAACCUCGGAGGUGUAGCAGGAGCUAUAUCGAGAGCCGGAGGUCCCAGCAUUCAAGAGGAUUGCGACAGGUACAAACAAAGACAUGGCCCUUUGAACACUACAGAAUGCAUGACGACAAGACCAGGAAGACUUCCAUGUGACCAUAUCAUCCAUACAGUAGGGCCAGUAUUUCAAAGCAGGCAUCCCUCCAGGACUGAAGAAGAACUAAAAGAAACCACUUUCAAAGUGCUGACAUCAGCUGCAGUGGAUCUAAAAGCCCAGUCCAUAGCUCUACCUGCCAUCAGUUCAGGAACGUUCCGUGUGCCCAAAGACAUGUGUGCAAGAGCAAUGCUAGCUGGCAUCAUGGCUUUUGCUGAGACUCAGCGAGAGAUUCUAAGCAGCCUUCGGGACAUCAGAAUCGUAGACAAUGACUUUUACACAGUGUUGGGAUUCUCAUCACAUAGUGAGAAACUUUUAGCUGAAUCAAGUGGCAGAGAUUCCACCAGAGGGUCGCGCCACAGGAGUUCAUCUAUGAGUCGAGCUGACAGAAAGAACAGAACUUCAGACUACGGUCCCAAACCUAGUUACACCUCAAACGUACCUGCAGCAAGUGGUACAAAUGCAUAUGGAUCAUCCUACGAUGACAGCUACCAGUCGCUCCCCAGUUUUCAUAACAGUGGAAAACAUUUCAGUGAUGAAAAAGACUGGGAUCAUGAAAACACAACAAGUCUACAGUGA